AUGGCCGACGCCGAUCGCCUCGCCGGCAAGCGAUCCCGCUUCGAUCAAACCGAGCCCGAGCCUAAGAGAGCCUCUCGCUUCGAUCGACGGUCUCGCUCGCCGCCCGCCCGCCGCUUCGAUGCUCGCGAGCGCAGCCCGCUCUCCAGGGAUCCCCCAUCCGAGUCCACAAAGUCCCCCAUUGAUGCUGCCGCUGCCGCUGCCGCCGCCGCCGCCCGCAUCAACGCGCAGCUGCAGGCUCGCAAGGGAAUCCAGCAUGUCGACGUGCCGCCCAUCAACAAGCCGGAGCAGAGCCCGACACCCCCUGCUUCCGUCAAGGCGACGACGUCCUCGGCCGGCUCUGCUACGGCUCGCACAGUGGAUGGCGCCAUGUACGUCGCCGACGGGGACUACAUCAAAGACAUCGAAGUCAACGACCUGCGCAACCGCUACCUGCUCACCAAGAGCUCGACUCAGAAAAUGAUCAAGGACGAAACCGGCGCUGACGUAACAACGCGUGGCAGCUACUACCCUAACAAGAACAUGGCAACUGCAGCCAGCCCCCCGCUGUACCUGCACAUCACCAGCACCACCAAAGACGGCCUCGAGGCUGCUGUGGCCAAAGUCCAGGAGCUUAUCCAGCAGGAGCUCCCGCAACUGGUCGAUGAACGGCGCUUUCGACGCCGUGACCAGGAGCAGCAGCCGCAAGUCGAGCGUGAUGAGUACGGACGGCGCAAAUGGCCCGAGGAGAAGAUUCCCGUCGGGCUGGAGCCAGUGCCCGGCUUCAACCUUCGCGCCCAAAUUAUCAAGGGCCUUGGAUCGGGCUACCUCGAGAAUGCCACCAACCGUGAGAGCGAGGAAGAGAUGUUUCUUCACGUGACCGGACCAGACCCUGCAAUGGUGGCCAAGGGAAAGGAGCUCUGUGAAGACUUGGUUGCCAAUGUCAAGGAGCAGUACGAGGAGUUCAAAUCCCGCCCUCCCCGCGGUGAUCGCGGCGGCUACGGAGACCACCAUCGCGGGGGCAGAUCCCACGAGCAGCCUUCCUAUGGUCGGUCCGGAUCCGAUCAAGCCACGAACUCGGUCACUACUGGAGGCGUAGCAGCUAACGGGUCGGGCAACGCUCAAGACUGGUCUCAGUAUGCUGCGCAGUACUACAGCAAUGGCCAGGACCCUUAUGCGGCCUAUGGCGGCUAUCAGAACUACGUGGCCUGGUACCAGUAUUAUUAUCAGCAGCAAGCGCAGGGCCAGGGUGCGCCAACUGCUCCUGGUCAGGCUGCUCCCGGCCAAGCGGCUGCUCCCCCCCCGGGCGACGCGGCACCCCCGCCUCCACCGGCUGAUGCUGCACCACCACCCCCGAUGGGCGCAUCUCCAGCUCCCGGAAGUGGCUACAACGCGGUUCCCCCUCCACCUGGCCUUUAA